UACUUUAGUCUACUCUUUUCCCAGCUUCCAUUUUCUUUUUUGACUACCUGCAGUAACCCACUCCCUCUCUCUUUAUACUCUUUUCGAUCCCCUCAUCGCCUUUACCCCACCCGUUUUCCCACCUUAUAUACACUACACUCUCUUUAUAUGUAUAUACUUUAAUUCGAUCAGGCCGCCCGCCUAAGCUACCAAAUUAAACCUACAUACGUACUAAGACGAGAAUGAAGGAGAGCAGCUGGAAGAGGUUGUCGUCGUCGCCGCCGUCGUCUUCGUCGCCGUGUGCGGCGUGCAAGCUCUUGCGGAGGAGGUGCGGCCCCGACUGCGUCUUUGCGCCAUACUUCCCCGGCGAUCAGCCUCAUAAGUUCGCCAAUGUGCACAGGGUCUUCGGAGCUAGCAAUGUCAGCAAGAUGUUACAGGAGCUGCCGGAGGAGCAGAGGGGAGAUGCGGUGAGCAGCAUGGUAUACGAGGCGAACGCCCGGGUUCGAGACCCGAUAUACGGCUGUGCCGGAGCCAUAUCAUCUCUACAGCAGCAGCUGGAUGUGCUUCGGACCCAAUUGGCCAUGGCCCAGGCAGAGGUGGUCCACUUGCGAGUCCGCCAGGCCGCGGCCAUGAGUUCCAGCCCACAGAACAGUGGCUCUCCCCAGUCAAUUGUUAUGGGCUCGCAACCUAGAGGGUACUUUGAGCUGGACACGGAUGUCGUUGACCAGCCAGGCUACUUCUACUCAUAGCUCAUAUUUUUGGUUUGGUUUAUACUACUUGUUAAGUGGGAGAAGGGAAUAUUUUAGUAGCAGUUGUUAAGAGCGUGAAGGUAAUACUAUUUAUACUAGUAGUUUAGUAUCGAAGCCCGACCGAACCGAGAGUUUAAGGUGUAAUUUGGUGAUGAAUUACACCUGUUUUCUAGUAGUAGACUCGAGUUCGAGUAGAGGCUUUAUGGAAGGCAGGAGACUCGGUCUCCAAUCUUUCAAUGUUGUAAGCUAUUGUCUACAUAUAUAUACAUAUAUACAUCUUUAUAUAAAAUGUUGUUAUUUGAUGUUAAA